AUGGUCAACCAACCCGACUUAGUCCUGUUUGUCGGUGAGGCCCUAGUCGGCAACGAGGCUGUUGACCAGCUGGUUAAAUUCAAUCGCUCCCUGGCGAACUUCAGCAACACGGAGAAACCGCACACAAUUGACGGCAUCGUCCUAACCAAAUUCGACACCAUCGAUGAUAAGGUUGGUGCCGCGAUUUCAAUGGCCUACAUAUCCGGCCAACCGAUUGUUUUUGUCGGAACCGGACAGACUUACGCUGACCUUCGUCAGUUCUCAGUGGCGGGUGUCGUCAAAGCGCUGAUGAAGUAG